ACCGUUGUAGUGUAAACCUUAAGGCUGAUUUAUAAAUAUAUGAUUUUAGGCUCUUCUAAUGAAACAUUCCACCAAUCUUAUAAAUCCUUAUAACAAUAUACGGGAGCAGUAACUAUAUGCACAUGUAGAGUAUAUAUGUAUAUACAAAUAUGAUAGUUGGUAUAUGUACAUCUGAGAUCUUUAUUGACAAUUCAAAUAUAAGCUCGUCCAUAAAUGAAAAUUCGUUUUUAUUCAAAUAUUUAAUAAUAAAUGAUUUAUUAAAAAAUUUGAAGCAAUAAAAUGAAUAGACCAAAUAAAUAUAAAUUAUAUCUGGAAAAAGAUUCCGGCGCAUCAAUACCCUUAUCGACGAAGUAUGACAUGAAAAAAAGGAGUGAUAAACAGAAACAAUUGCUGGAAUCUUCAUUAAAUAGUUCAAAUAAUCCCUUAUUACGACAAGAGUCUUUGCAAGUUAACCAAAUCAUCAAUUCGGAACUUUCAAUAGAUUCAUGUAAUGAUGAUCAAACAAUACAACAGAAUCCAAUUGAGACUAACCAACAUAACAAUUCGAGCGAAAAUGGCGGCGAAGCAGAAUGUGAGGAAAACAAUUUACCACAUCAACAAUUAUUUAAAAAUACACAUAAUGAUAAUUUUGAUGAUACUAUGUUCACAGAAUUGCAAAAGGCUAUGGACUCGGAGACUUUUUCUACUAUAAUUAAAGAACGUGUGAAUGUUUCUAUAGGAGAUAUAUAUGUUAUGUUAUUAAAAUAUGCAUUGAUAAAUUUUUUGUCUCAAGCAGCCACAGAAAAUUUAUUUAAAAUGAUUAAUCGUUUAUAUGAUCGACCAGUAAUUGCAGAGACUCGAUAUUUAAUUGACAAAUUAUUUAAUCCAUCGUCAACGAUUCAAUAUCAUGCACAAUGUUCAUCUUGUAAGCAAAUUACGAAAUUUAAAUCUCUGAGUGAUAAGAUAAUUUGUAAAUCUUGUACCAUGGAGAUAAACAUGAAAGAUAGAGAUUUUUUUAUUACAUUAAAUAUUGCUCAUGAAAUAGCUAGCUGUUUAGAAAAAUAUGGAGUUCAUUAUAAGUAUGUUGUUAAUGAAAGAAAGCAUACCAAGCAUAUUUAUAGUGACAUAUAUGAUGGGUCGGAGUAUAGAAAAUUUUUGGGUAUGUUACCAGCGACGCAUCGUCAUUCAUAUGCCACUCUGACUUUUAACGCUGAUGGUGCACCAGUUUUCAAGAGCUCCAACACAAGCAUCUGGCCCAUACAGAUAAUGAUAAACGAGUUACCAAUCCAUGUAAGAACACAUCAUCCCUUACUUGGGGCAUUAUGGUUUGGUAAAAGUAAGCCAGAUAUGAAUGUUUUUUUGACUCCGUUUGUGAAAAAUAUGAAUAUCUUGUCUACUUCUGGAAUUAUGUGUGAUUUUCAAGGAGAAAAAAUAAAUGUAAAAGUAUAUGCAUUAAAUUGCUGUGUUGAUUCGCAAGCUCGAGCACCAAUGCAAGGUAUUAAUCAGUUUAAUGGGUACUAUGGAUGCAAUUGGUGUCUUCAUCCAGGAGAAUGGGUUAAGCGUAAUAAUAAUGCAAGAGGAAGCGUUAAAUAUCCUAAUAUUUCUGCUUAUGUUCCGGAGCUUCGAAAUAAAGAAGAUACUGUUUUUGUGAUGGACAGCCUUAAUUGUGAAGCAGCAGCUGAUGAUGAAUCUGAUAAUGAAUCUGAUAUUGAAUUGGAACCUGACCGGUAUGGCAUAAAAUCAAGGACACCUUUAUGUGAUUUAGAAUUAUUUAAUAUAAUUAAUGGAUUUGUACCUGACUAUCUUCAUUGUUGCUUACUAGGAAUCGGUAAACAAUUUCUAAAUUACUGGCGCAAUACCACUGAUAGAUUGUUUUCAUUAACGGCAAAUGAUGAACGAAUUAUUAAUGCGCACAUGAAAUAUAUUAGAGUUCCUCAUCAGGUUAGUCGUUUAGUGCGUACAUUGGAAGAUCAAUCUCACUGGAAAGCUCGCGAGUAUGAAAAUUGGAUCCUGUAUUAUAGUUUACCCUUGUUGAGUUUGACAAGCUUACCUGACACCUAUGUAUCUCAUUGGGCUUUAUUUGUGGAAGCACUACAUCUUUUGCUUCAGUCAAAUAUGACGUUAGAUGACAUCCGGAUAGCUAACAAUUUACUGCACCAAUUCGUUCACGAGACAGAGAAGCUUUACACCAAAAAUGCGAUGACAUUUAACGUUCAUCAAUGAACACACUUAGCUAAAAGUGUUAAAGAAUGGGGACCAUUAUGGGCACACUCUUCAUUUGGUUUUGAAUCAGGAAAUUUUUAUUUAUUGAAAAUGAUUAAAGCCGCAAAAGGGGUUAAUCAACAAGUAUGUCGAAAUUUAUUUAUGUCUAAAGCUGUCGAAUUAAUAUUGUCAGAAAAAGGAGACAUACUAUCACCUCAAGUUUAUAAAUUCUGUCUAAAUUUAGAAUCUAAAACUGUACAAAUGACUCUUGCAGUAACUAGUAAAAGUCGUUAUUUUAGUGAAACUAGUAGUGCAAAAUUGCUUAAUAUUGCUUUGAAAUUAGGAUUGGAGCCUACUGAAAUAUCGUUUUUUACAAAAAUGAUUAAAGAUCAAUGUGCCUAUUUAACAUUUAAAAAAAAUAAUAAGCGAUCUGACAAUUCUUUCGCAGUACUUGAAGAUGGCUCGUUUAUUCGAAUAGAAUCAUUUAUUGUAGACCGAGGAACAAAUCGAGAACUAACUCUAUGCAAAAGAAUAAUAGUAAAUAGUUUAUCGGUAUCAAGAGUAGAAGUAAUUAAAAUUAGGACAAAAUGUGAUGUUAUUGAUACAAAAACUAUUAAAAGUAUAUGUGUUUUUAUAAAUCUUCCCGAGAUACAAUAUCUUUGUAACCUUCCUAAUUUACUAUUUUAUUAAAAUUAUUAUUUGUGAUAAAUGUA